AUGCGAGCCACCCAGAGUCGGCAGAAGUCUUAUGCUGAUAGAAGAAGACGACCGUUAGAGUUUGAGGCUGGAGACCAUGUGUUUCUCCGGAUCACUCAGAGGAUAGGUCCAGUGGCGUAUGAGAUUGCAUUACCGGCACACUUGGCGAAUUUGCAUAAUGUCUUCCACAUGUCACAAUUGAGGAAGUACAUUGCAUACCCUUCACACGUAUUCGAAGCGGACGAUAUCCAAGUUCGAGAUGAUUUGACGAUGGAUGUCAGACCACUGCAGAUCUUGGACUCACAGGUUAAACAGUUGAGAGGUAAAGAAAUCGAGACGGUGACAGUCCUUUGGGAUGAAGCGACUCAAGAGAUGACUUGGGAGAUGAAGGACUUGAUGAGGCAAUCUUACCCGCAUUUAUUCCCUGGUAAGCUUUAA